AUGUCAAGCACAAUCACAAUGACGCCUUUAAAUUUUAUUGCCUCGCCAGAGGCGCAAGAGACGCUAUAUGACAUACGUCUUGGGAAGUAUCUCUUCCUUGUAGCGUUCGUCGUUGCCGUAUAUGAUCACGCUUGUACACUACCAGAGGAGAUAGAGACCGUCUGGAAAAAGAAACGAAAGACAUUCUUUUUAUACCUAUUCAUCUUCGUCCGAUAUUACACUCCACUUGUGCUAUGUGUAGUCACAUUCGGAUUUUUCUCUACGUGGAUGAAUCAUGAACGCUGCUCGCACUGGAUGUACUUCAUGCCCCUCGGAGUGACCUUGCCGCUCAUGCUCUUACCUGGUAUUCUCAUGGCCAUUCGAGUAUACGCACUGUGGAACAAGAACAUCCUUAUACUUUCUGGGCUUCUACUAUACCUAGCAACGCAAAUCUCUAUAGGCAUAUGGGUGACUCUGUUGCCAGGCGCGAAACCCCUACCGGUUCCAGUGCAAAACUACGAGUUCCAUUAUUGUAUAUAUGCGGCUCCUCUCUUGAAAAACGGCUUGCCGUCGUCGUCGCUCUAUGUCUUCAUGGACCUGGGAUACGACACCAUGAUUUUUUCUCUCACCAUCGCACGUACGAUCUACAUGAGUCGCAAGAUUCAUAGGCAUGGUGCGUUGGGCAUUGGCCUCAUGCGCAGCCUUGCCAGAGAUGGUGCGCUAUAUUUCGGGGGGAUUUUCGCGAUGAAUUUCACGUGGGUGCUCAUAAUCGUGCUGGGCUCCCCGGGUAUACGCGGUCUUAUCGCCAUGUAA